UAAACUUAUCGGGUUAUAAGUUUUUAUAACUAUGCCCGACAGUUUUCACCCCUUUUCUCUCUUGUCUUUGCAAGUCUCCAAAUGCGUCUCUAAUUGCUCAUCAACGUACAGCUCAACUUCCAACAACAAAUUAAGUUUGUACUCAGGAAAACUGAAGCUGAAAGUACGUAAUACAUAGAUAGGCAUCUCAAUUCAAAAGCAAGUGUUGGUGGAUUGAAUGUGAGAUGUGACAUUUGUUAUGAAGGAUAUCAUAUUCAUAUCUAGUAAGUAGGUGAGGUGACAGGAUAAAGAUGAAUCUGCAGACACAUAUAUCAUCGGGACAGUUCUCUGGGCAGAUACCCAACCAAGGUGGGACAUCAUUGCCUGGCAUACCACAUCCACAGCAGCAGAACAUAAUGCAGAACCCUGGAAGUCAGCGUAAUAAUCUUAGUAUGGAGCCUGGUUUUGUCAAGGCUCGCCAGUUUAUACAGGAGAGAAUCUAUGAAUUCUUAAUGCAGCGACAAAAAACACAAGAGAUAGCUCCAAAGAAGGUGAUGGACAUUGUUAGACGCUUAGAAGAAGGCCUGUUCAAGACUGCAACCACAAAGGAGGAAUACAUGAAUUUAGAUACAUUGGAAAACCGUUUACAUAUUCUAAUCAGACGCCUCCCGUUGAGCAACCAAAAUCAACAGUAUCAGCAACAAGGCAAUACUUCUGUUCCCAUGGGAACAAUGAUUCCAAAUCCGGGCAUGCCACAAAGUGGGAACUCAAAUAUAAUGGCCACAUCAUCUAUGGAUAACUCCUUUGUUGUGGGUGGUGGUAAUAGCAUGAUGUCAUCACCUGUGAACACAGGAAACCUUUUACCUAAUACCACCCGAAUUUCCAGUGGGAUGCAAAAUGGUUCCUUGGGGUCAUCUGAUGGAGGUUUGAUGAAUAGUUAUCAACAGUCAACAUCAAAGUUUUCCAGUGGAAACAGUUUGAUUUCAUCAAUGGGUGCACAAAGAAUGGGCAGCCAGAUGAUGCCUACUCCUGGAUUUAAUAAUAGUAGCGCUGCAAGUAAUCAGUCUUACAUGAACACAGAUAUGUCCAACAAUGUUGUUGGGCUAUCGACUAUUGACUCAACAAUGGUAUCUCAGCCAAUGAACCAAAAGCACCAAGUUGGUGGCCAGAACAGUCGCAUAUUACAUAGCCUUGGGAGCCAUAUGGGUGGUGGAAUCAGGUCUAGUUUACAACAGAAAGCUUAUGGGUUUUCAAAUGGCUCAAUAAACAACGGAUUAGGAAUGAUGGCCAAUAAUUCACCUAUGAUGAAUGGUUCAGGAACCUCAGAAAGCUAUGUGACACCUUCUCAUUAUGGGAACAUGAAUGUCCAUCAACAACACAUGUCACAGGGUGAUGGUUAUGGGAGUAGCACCACUGAUUCUUCUCGAACCGGAAACUUUUAUGUUCCCACAACCUCAAAUACAUCAAUGAUGAAUAAUCAAAACAUGAAUCCAGUAAGCUUGCAUGCACUACAUAACACGAGUGCUCCUUUGAUGGUGAAUCAGUCAAAUCUGCUCAAUACUCAGCAGCAGGCAGAAAAGAUGAAUUUCAGGUCUCAACAUUCACUACAUGAGACUCCUAUGCAAUCUCAGCAGGCUGUUCAUUUUCAACAACAACAACAACAACAACAACUUGUUCAAAAUCAAAGUCAACAGAUGCAGCAGAAUCAGCAUUUGUCAUAUGGUCAGUCUCAGCUGCUGCCACAGCCACAUGAUCCUGUCAGUCAAAUAAAAUCUGAGCCUGGAAUGGUGGGGGGUCACAGUGAAGCUUUACAGCCACAGGUCUCUGACCAUUUUCAGUCUUCCCAGACAAUUAAUCACUUCCAACACAACUCCAUGGAAGACCAUAGCAUGGGUAGCCAAUUGCAGAAUCUUACACCAGGCUCUCAGGGGGUGUCUGACACUUCACAGCAGAUGCAGCAAUUGCUUCAACAACACCAAUUUGUUGACACUCAAACUGGGCUGCAGGGCCAAUGGCAUUCGAGAUCUCAAGAAGUGGCCCACGUAGACGUAGUGGGCAACGUGUCAAACCAGAAUAAUAAUAAUAAUAAUAAUAAUGUCCAACAAGAAUUUAAUCAAAGAAUAGCAGGGCAAGAUCAAGCUCAGAGGAACAAUCUUUCUUCAGAAGAAUCCAUCACACAUCAAAUCACCACCAAUAGAUCAGUAGAUCCGCCAAACUCUGCUAAUUUAAACCGUGAAUUGCAGUUCAAGAAUCAACAAAGGUGGCUAUUGUUCUUGCGGCAUGCUCGUAAAUGCUCACACCCACCAGGGAAAUGUCCAGAAGUCAAUUGCAUCACUGCUCAAAAGCUGUUGAACCAUAUAUCAUCAUGUAAUGAUUUGGUUCAAUGUCAAUAUCCUCGUUGUCCUAGGACAAAGGUAUUACUUCAACAUCAUAGGCACUGUAGGGAUUCAACCUGUCCUGUUUGUGUCCCAGUAAAACGUUUUGUUCAACUGAAAGGGAGCCACCGUACAGAUUCUAAUUCUGGCAAUGGAUCCUGUGAACAUCCUAAUGGUGGCACCAGUAGAUAUAACAAUAACAAUAAUAAUACCAAGAUGAGUCCAUCUGUUGUUGAAACUUCAGAAGAUCUACAUCCAACUUUAAAGAGGAUGAAAAUAGAGCAGUCAUCAUCACAAUCACUAGCUUCCGAAAGUGAAAAUCCUGUCAUACCAUUACCACUACCAGUACCACCUCCUGUCGUUGAGGAAGUAUUCCAUGAAGAAGAAGAAGAAGCUGAAAUUGGUGACACGAAUACUCCAACUGUUACUGGGGUAAAAGUGGAAAUUCCUGCGAGUUCUGUUGUGCCCAUUAACAUUAAGCAGGAGGUUGUUAAGACUGAGAAAGAGGUGGAGGUGGUCCAGCCUAUUAUACAGGAAAGUACAUCACUUCCUGCAGAACCUUCUACUGGAACCAAGUCCGGGAAGCCAAAAAUAAAGGGAGUAUCAAUGAUUGAGUUGUUUACACCAGAGCAGGUUCGUGAGCAUAUAACAGGUCUCAGGCAGUGGGUUGGCCAGAGCAAAGCAAAAGUAGAAAAGAAUCAAGCUCUGGAACACUCGAUGAGUGAGAACUCGUGUCAACUAUGUGCAGUUGAAAAGCUCAGUUUUGAACCCCCGCCUAUAUAUUGCACACCUUGUGGUGCUCGCAUCAAGAGAAAUGCUAUGUUCUACACUGUUGGAACUGGUGAUACCCGACACUACUUUUGCAUUCCAUGCUAUAACGAUUCCCGUGGAGACACUAUCAAUGUUGAUGGAACUAAUGUUUUGAAAGCUAGAUUUGAGAAAAAGAAAAAUGAUGAGGAGACCGAAGAAUGGUGGGUUCAAUGUGACAGGUGUGAAGCCUGGCAGCAUCAAAUAUGUGCGCUAUUUAAUGGUCGAAGAAAUGAUGGGGGGCAAGCAGAUUAUACUUGUCCAAAUUGUUAUAUGGAAGAAGUUGAAAGAGGAGAGCGGAUGCCUCUACCACAGAGUGCUGUGCUUGGAGCAAAAGAUUUACCUCGAACCAUACUCAGUGAUCACAUAGAGAGCAGGUUGUUUGGAAAACUGAAGCAGGAGAGACUAGAGCGUGCAAGGUUCUAUGGGAAAACUUAUGAUGAGGUUCCUGGAGCAGAAGCACUUGUUGUCAGAGUGGUCUCUUCUGUGGACAAGAAGUUGGAAGUCAAGCAACGAUUUCUUGAGAUCUUUCAAGAGGAAAAUUACCCUGUGGAGUUUGGGUAUAAGUCUAAGGUAGUUCUGUUGUUUCAGAAAAUUGAAGGUGUAGAAGUGUGUCUUUUUGGUAUGUAUGUUCAAGAAUUUGGAGCAGAAUGUCCGCAGCCAAACCAUCGGCGUGUUUAUCUUUCUUAUCUGGAUUCAGUCAAGUACUUCAGGCCUGAGAUUAAGGCUGUGACAGGGGAGGCUCUUCGUACAUUUGUAUAUCAUGAAAUUCUGAUAGGUUACCUAGAAUAUUGCAAAUUACGUGGUUUCACAAGUUGCUAUAUUUGGGCAUGCCCUCCAUUGAAGGGGGAAGAUUAUAUCUUGUAUUGCCAUCCUGAAAUCCAGAAGACACCAAAAUCUGAUAAACUAAGAGAAUGGUAUCUGUCAAUGUUGAGAAAAGCUACAAAGGAAAAUAUUGUAGUAGAUCUGACUAAUCUAUACGAUCAUUUCUUUGUGUCUUCUGGUGAAUGUAAAGCCAAGGUGACUGCAACUCGAUUGCCAUAUUUUGAUGGAGACUAUUGGCCUGGUGCUGCUGAGGAUAUAAUCUAUCAGCUUCGUCAGGAAGAGGAUGGAAGAAAGCAAAAUAGGAAAGGAUCCAUAAAGAAGACACUAAACAAAAGAGCUCUCAAAGCUUCUGGUCAAACCGAUCUUACUGGGAAUGCAUCCAAAGAUCUGCUACUCAUGCAUAGGCUUGGUGAAACAAUUUCCCCAAUGAAGGAAGAUUUCAUUAUGGUUCACUUACAGCAUGCAUGCACUCAUUGCUGCAUCCUCAUGGUAUCUGGAACACGUUGGGUUUGCAAUCAGUGCAAAAAGUUUCAGCUCUGUGAUAAGUGUUAUGAAAUUGAACAAACACUCGAGGAUAGGGAGAGACAUCCUAUUCAUCAUAGGGAGAAACAUCCUCUUUAUCCUAUUGAAAUCGACGACGUGUCAGCAGAUACAAAAGAUAAAGACGAGAUUCUGGAAAGCGAAUUUUUCGACACGCGACAAGCUUUUCUGAGCCUGUGCCAAGGAAACCAUUACCAAUACGACACCCUUCGUCGUGCAAAACAUUCCUCAAUGAUGGUGUUAUACCAUCUUCACAAUCCAACCGCUCCUGCAUUCGUAAUGACAUGCAACCGAUGUCAUAACGACAUUGAAACAGGUCAAGGUUGGCGCUGUGAGAUUUGCCCAGAAUUUGACGUCUGCAAUGCUUGCUAUUAUAAAGAUGGAGGUGUCGAUCAUCCUCAUAAGUUGACAACUCAUCCAUCCAUUGCCGAACGUGAUGCACAAAAUAAAGAAGCCCGACAACUACGAGUUGUUCAGCUUAGGAAAAUGCUUGAUCUGCUUGUACAUGCAUCUCAGUGUCGGUCUCCGCUUUGUCAGUACCCGAAUUGUCGGAAGGUGAAGGGACUUUUCCGACAUGGGAUACAGUGCAAAGUACGUGCAUCCGGUGGGUGUGUUCUUUGUAAGAAAAUGUGGUAUCUUCUUCAACUCCAUGCCCGAGCAUGUAAAGAAUCCCAAUGUCAUGUACCCCGCUGCAGAGAUCUGAAGGAACAUUUGAGAAGACUGCAACAACAGUCUGAUAGCCGGCGGAGGGCCGCUGUAAUGGAGAUGAUGAGGCAGCGUGCGGCCGAAGUUGCUGAUGGCAGCUGAAGAGGGUAAACUUGUAAAUAUAUAUAUAUAUUAAUUAAUUAAAAAAAAUGCUUAUCAGCAGGCAAGGCAAGGCAAGGCAUCUCGCUUGUUUUCCAACUCCCAAGUGCAGGUUGUAUGUAUCAUAUUGUUAUCUGAACAAUUUUGAAGUCUAUUUGAUGAACCAAAUGAAAAAGGUGACUGAGAGAGCUUUUAAAAGCAUAGUAUAGGCACGCAUCGCAUAGAAACAAACAAGAUAAUGAUGAAAAUGAAAUGGUCCCCAUUCCCUUCCCUUUGUUCAUUGUUGUACUUGUACACUCACUUGUACUUAUUGAUUUGAAACAAUUGUUGUAGAUGUUUAAAGCUGAAAAGGAAUCAACGGACACUACAUGACAUGUCAUGGUGUGGUGUGGUGCUAAUACAUUAUUACAUUUUCUCGACA